GCCCUCGUCAGUGUCACAGAUUCCGUCGACUGGAACGUGCUCAAUACUGUAAUCCAAGUCAUCUGUAUCCUUGGCCUCCUCGACGGGAACGAGUGACGUUUGAAGAUUGGGCUCGUCAUCUGCAGGACCGACUUCCUCAGAUUCAUGGGCGGCAUGUCCUCCAUUUUCAACGUUGGGGAUGACCAGCUCUUUAACAAGGUCGUUAUUUUCUUCCAUGAAGAUGUCCAGCGCUUUCACAAGGUCGUCAUUUUCUUCCAUGAAGAUGUCCAGCACUUUGAUAAGGUCGUCAUUUUCUUCACUGGAGAAGGCCAGCGCUUUGACAAAGUUGUCAUUUUCUUCCUUGGAGAGGGCCACCGCUUUGACAAGGUCGUUAAUUUCAUCCAUGGAAAUGGCCAACGCUUUUACAAGCUCGUCAUCUUCAGCCUUGGGGAUGGCCAGCGCUUUUACAAGCUCGUCAUCUUCAGCCUUGGGGAUGUCCAGCGCUUUUACAAGCUCGUCAUCUUCAGCCUUGGGGAUGUCCAGCGCUUUUACAAGCUCGUCAUCUUCAGCCUUGGGGAUGUCCAGCGCUUUUACAAGCUCGUCAUCUUCAGCCUUGGGGAUGUCCAGCGCUUUUACAAGCUCGUCAUCUUCAGCCUUGCAGAUAUCCAGCGCUUUUACAAGUUCGUCAUCUUCAGCCUUGCAGAUAUCCAGCGCUUUUACAAGUUCGUCAUCUUCAGCCUUGCAGAUAUCCAGCGCUUUUACAAGCUCGUCAUCUUCAGCCUUGCAGAUAUCCAGCGCUUUUACAAGCUCGUCAUCAUCAGCCUUGCAGAUAUCCAGCGCUUUUACAAGUUUGUCAUCUUCAGCCUUGCAGAUAUCCAGCGCUUUUACAAGCUCGUCAUCUUCAGCCUUGCAGAUAUCCAGCGCUUUUACAAGUUCGUCAUCAUCAGCCUUGGGGAUGGCCAACGCUUUUACAAGCUCGUUAUCUUCAGCCUUGCAGAUAUCAUGCGCUUGUGCAAGUUCGUCAUCUUCAGCCUUGCAGAUAUCCAGCGCUUUUACAAGGUCGUCAUCUUCAGCCUUGCAGAUAUCCAGCGCUUGUACAAGUUCGUCAUCUUCAGCCUUGCAGAUAUCCAGCGCUUGUACAAGUUCGUCAUCUUCAGCCUUGCAGAUAUCAUGCGCUUGUACAAGGUCGUCAUCUUCAGCCUUGCAGAUAUCAUGCGCUUGUACAAGGUCGUCAUCUUCAGCCUUGCAGAUAUCCAGCGCUUUUACAAGUUCGUCAUCUUCAGCCUUGCAGAUAUCAUGCGCUUGUACAAGUUCGUCAUCUUCAGCCUUGCAGAUAUCCAGCGCUUGUACAAGUUCGUCAUCUUCAGCCUUGCAGAUAUCAUGCGCUUGUACAAGUUCGUCAUCUUCAGCCUUGCAGAUAUCCAGCGCUUGUACAAGGUCGUCAUCUUCAGCCUUGCAGAUAUCCAGCGCUUUUACAAGGUCGUCAUCUUCAGCCUUGCAGAUAUCCAGCGCUUUUACAAGGUCGUCAUCUUCAGCCUUGCAGAUAUCCAGCGCUUGUACAAGGUCGUCAUCUUCAGCCUUGCAGAUAUCCAGCGCUUGUGCAAGCUCGUCAUCUUCAGCCUUGCAGAUAUCCAGCGCUUGUGCAAGGUCGUCAUCUUCAGCCUUGCAGAUAUCCAGCGCUUGUGCAAGGUCGUCAUCUUCAGCCUUGCAGAUAUCCAGCGCUUGUGCAAGGUCGUCAUCUUCAGCCUUGCAGAUAUCCAGCGCUUGUGCAAGGUCGUCAUCUUCAGCCUUGCAGAUAUCCAGCGCUUGUGCAAGGUCGUCAUCUUCAGCCUUGCAGAUAUCCAGCGCUUGUACAAGGUCGUCAUCUUCAGCCUUGCAGAUAUCCAGCGUUUGUACAAGGUCGUCAUCUUCAGCCUUGCAGAUAUCCAGCGCUUUUACAAGGUCGUCAUCUUCAGCCUUGCAGAUAUCCAGCGCUUGUACAAGGUCGUCAUCUUCAGCCUUGCAGAUAUCCAGCGCUUGUGCAAGCUCGUCAUCUUCAGCCUUGCAGAUAUCCAGCGCUUGUACAAGGUCGUCAUCUUCAGCCUUGGGGAUGGCCAACGCUUUUACAAAUUCGUCAUCUUCAGCCUUGCAGAUGUCCAGCGCUUUUACGAGUUCGUCAUCAUCAGCCUUGCAGAUGUCCAGCGCUUGUACAAGGUCGUCAUCUUCAGCCUUGGGGAUUGCCAGCGCUUUUACAAGGUCGUCAUCAUCACCCUUGCAGAUGGCCAGCGCUUUUACAAGGUCGUCAUCUUCAGCCUUGAAGAUGGCCAGCGCUUUUACAAGUUCGUCAUUCUUUUCCAUGAAGAUGUUCAGCGUUUUGACAAGGUCGUUAAUUUCAUCCAUGGAGAUGGCCAACGCCUUAACAAAGUCGUCAUUUUCUUUCUUGGACAUGGCCAGCGCUUUGACAAGGUUGUUAUUUUCUUCCAUGAAGAUGUCCAGCGCUUUUACAAGGUCGUUAUUUUUAUCCCUGGAAAUGGCCAGCGCUUUGACUAAGUCGUCAUUUUCUUCCUUGAACAUGUCCAGCGCUUUUACAAUGUCGUUAUUUUCAUCCUUGGAAAUGUCCAGUGCUCUGACAAGAUCGUUAUUUUCAGCCUUGGAUAUGGCCAGCGCCUUGACAAUGUCGAUAUUUUCAUCCUUGGAAAUG